AAGUGAAACAAAAUCGUAAAUAAAACAAAAUUUGUGCAAAUUGGGGGCCACAAGAAAGUCUUGAAUCGCGACGCACACGAAACCCGAUACGCAUUUAACCCACCACAGCAUCGGGACUCGCAUGCAGCAGGCUGAAUAACAACAGAUCGGACAACAAUUGAAGUUCUCCAGGCAGAAAAAUCAUCAGACUCUUCAGCCACAGUUCGAGUUGCCAUGUCAGCUCCACUCGCCAGAAACUGGCCCUAUAUAUGGCAACAGCUGAACGCCCUGCUUCAUAACACCUCGCCGGUGAUAACGCUCAUCUGUGUGGUGACGACGUUCGGCUACCUGCUCUCCUUCUCGGACCAGGCAAUCCUUCUCUUGAGCGUCACACCGGGAUAUAUAUUACCCAAUGGAAAGUUCUGGAUAUGGACUGCAUUCACUUUCUGCUUCAUCGAGCUGCACUGGUGGGAGGUGGCCGUCGAUGUCGUCACUGUCGGGCUGUGUGGCAAGAUGCUUGAGCCGCUUUGGGGCCAACUAGAGAUGUUCAAGUUCUUCGCCUUGAGCAAUUUCGGCGUCUCGCUGCUGACCACUAUCUACUAUUUAUUCUACUAUAUGGUGACCAAGAAUCCAACCAUUCUAUUCGAUGUGCAUAUACAUGGCCUGGCCGGGUAUGUGGCUGGAAUUUGUGUGGCCGUGAGGCAAAUAAUGCCCGAUCAUUUGAUCUUCAAGACCCGCUAUGGACGUCUGACCAAUAGGAACGUUCCUCUUACCGUGCUCAUAAUGGCAAUUAUUUCAUGGGCUAUCGGUCUACUGGAUGGCACAUAUCCGGCCAUGUUUGCCUCGGGCUCUCUGGUCUCCUGGAUCUACUUGCGUUUUUAUCAGCAUCAUCCGAAUGGGCGUGGCGACAGCUCUGAAAGCUUCACAUUUGUUAGCUUCUUUCCGAACGUUUCGCAGCCGUUUAUCAGCGUUUUGGUUAAUCCCAUUUACAACUGCUGUUUGCGGGCAGGCGUGGUCAAAACGCCCACGCCAUUGCGCACGAUAUCAACGGCCAGUCUGACGUCGAUCUCAGUGCAAAUGCCCGGUGCGGAUCCGCAUGAUAUUGAGCGCAGGCGACAAAUUGCUUUGAAGGCUUUGAGUGAACGCUUGAAGGCCACCGAUUCCACGCGGCAUUCCCAGUUGCCCAAGUCCUAUCCCCAGCAGCCGCAGCUGCAGCAUCACCAACACCAACAGCAUCAGCAUCACCAGCAGCAGAAGCAUCACAGCCACGGAGCUGGACACAGUCACAGCCAUGGGGCUGGACACAGUCAUAGUCAUAGUGGUGGUGGUCAUAGUCAUGGCCCUGGGCCGGCUCAGACACCGCAGCCCGACUUCCUCAAGCCCGCCAGCAAUUCCGCGCAGAUGCCCAUCACAACGUCGCGGGCCGAGCCGCGUAUGAUAAGUACCAUGAGUACCAUUGCAAUACCAAUGCCGGCUCCGCCACUGAAAGAUGGCACCGGUGCGGCGGCUGAAACGGAUCCUCAAGAUGGUGGAGCCACGCUAAUUAACUUGGACGACGUUCCGACGACGUCAUCAUCGGCUUAGACAGUGUUUCGUUUUGAACAUAAAUGAAUUUUUUUGAUAUUUAAAAGAAUGAUCUAAUUAAUGAUUUA